AUGGCCGAUAAACUGCGCACUCUCCAACAACUCGAAUCUCUCCAGGCCAAAUACGUGGGCACGGGUCACGCCGACACCACCCGCUACGAAUGGAGCCAGAACAUCGUCCGGGACUCCCUCGCCAGCUAUGUCGGUCACCCUCCUCUGCUUGCCUACAUGGCCCUCGGCUUAGGAGAGAACAAGGAGAUCCCAGAGCAACCUGGAGCUCAGUUACCGAAAUCGAGGUCGGCAUAUCGUUUAGGCGCGGCUCUGGGCAAGCGAAUCCCAUUUCCAAAGAUUCGGGUCAGGAACACCGAUACCCUCUGGGGAUUAAUGACCGAGCAUGAUUCUAGCACGGAUCGAUCACAAAUCUCAAACAAGACAGUCUUUGCAGUGUCCUAA